AUGGGAUUAGGAAAAACAGUUCAAAGCGUUCCUCUUUCAACUCUUGGAAAUUGGGAGCGUGAAUUUAACGAAUGGGCUCCAGAAAUUAAUGCAAUUGUUUACCACGGAGGUGCUGUUAGCCGCAAAAUAAUAAGAGAUUAUGAAUUUUUCUACAAAAAAGUUGAUGGCAGGAGACGGAAUGUGCCAAAAUUUGAUGCAUUAAUUACUACUUAUGAAGGUAUGUAUAUAUUACUUGCAUUAUUACUUGUAAUAACUUUCUUACCUCUUUUUACUUUUAAGUUGUUGUACAAGAAGUUGAAGUACUUCGACGAAUCAAUUUCUGUGUUUGUAUAA